AUGACAGUUCCAUUUAGCAUACCGACGUCUGAUCUUGAUUACUGUUUAGAGCAGUUGCUUGAGCAUAAACCUCCUAAGAUUUUGCCUCCGGAAACUAUACAUCAGCUAUGUCAUAUUUUAAAAACCCAGCUUUUAGCAGUACCGAACAUUAUGUCGCUACAGUCACCCAUUUCCGUUGUUGGUGAUAUACACGGACAGUACCAUGACUUGUUGGAAAUUUUCAGAAUAGGUGGAUCUCCGCCAAAUACAAAUUAUUUAUUCUUGGGGGACUAUGUUGAUCGCGGCUACUAUUCGGUUGAAACGAUAUCCUUGUUACUAGUGUUGAAAAUACGAUAUCCCAAUAGGAUCAGUUUGAUUCGAGGGAAUCAUGAAUCUAGGACUAUCACCACAAACUAUGGCUUCUACACGGAAGUGCUAAACAAGUAUAAUGGCUCAUCGGAUGUUUGGGCCAAUAUUACUGAUUUAUUUGACUAUUUACCAUUAGGUGCCACAAUCGAUGGCACCAUAUUUGCAUGUCAUGGUGGGUUAUCCCCCAGCUGUCAACAGUUGGACCAAAUACGGGCAAUAGAUCGAUUUAGAGAGAUUCCACAUGACGGAAUAAUGGCUGAUCUUGUAUGGUCGGAUCCCGAUGUCGAAAUAGUAGACUUUAAGCUAAGUCCAAGGGGUGCCGGGUAUCUUUUUGGAAGCGAUAUUAUGAACAAAUUUUGUAACGAUAACAAUUUAGUGCAGAUGAUUAGAGCGCACCAGCUUUGCAAUGAAGGAUACACUAGCUACUGGAAAGGAAAGUGCUUGACUGUUUGGUCAGCGCCAAACUACUGCUAUCGAUGUGGCAAUAAGGCCAGUGUAUUGGAGAUAUUACAUUCCAACUAUACAGGUAAAGCAGAGACGCUGAUUAGGCUGGAGGGGGAAGUUGAAGUUGAUGGUAUGCUGGAGUCUACUACCUCCUUGUAUGAUCAGCACAAUUUCCGCUUUGACAAGCAGAAAUCACAAGUAGACCAAGGAGUGUUGCCGGGACAAUUUUUCAAUAUCUUUGAAGCUUCGAAAGAGAAUGAUGAGGAUACAAUCAAUGGGAAAAGUGUCAAUGGAAUGAAUUCCAGUGAUGGUGGAGAGCUCAAGAGUGGUAAGAAUAAUGAUUUUUUUGCUGCAUAUUUUUUGGAACGGCCUAGGAGACAGCAUGUGGAGUAUUUCUUGUGA